AGUAACCACCUGCCAGCAUCCCCACUUUGUGUAAGGCGACGUCUGUAUUUAUAACGGCGCCGCCAGUACCUUUGCUUCUUCCUCUUUACUACUUUCUUCACUGUCCUCAGUCUCCAUCCUUCUCCCUCCACAUCUACAUCCCCACACUACCCCGCAUUACCCCACCAUGCCAACCGUCCACCCAUUUGCACCUCUAAGCGGAGACGAGAUCAAGGCUGCUUCCACCAUACUUCGGGGGGCGUGGCCCACUGGCACAGAUGUCUACUUCAAAACCGUCACACUGGAGGAACCGGCGAAGGUCGAAGCGAUCCCGUACUUGGAGGCUGAGCAUAGUGGCAGAUCGCUACCAACCAUCCACAGGCGUGCCUUCAUAAAUUACUAUAUCCGGAACACGAACAAAUACCACGAAGCUAUCGUAAAUUUGUUCUCCGGCACCGUCGAGAAGAACGUGCGAUUGGGUCCCAACGUUCACGCCAAUGGCGAUGCUGAGGAGAUAAUCGCCAUUGAAAAGACCGCACUGGAAGAUGAAGGCGUCCGGGCCGCAAUCGCCAAACUUCAGCUCCCCAAAGGUACCGUCGUGAUUGUUGACCCAUGGAUUUAUGGCUCAGACGGCGUCAAUGACGAUGACCGCAUGUAUCAAUGCUUUCUGUACAUGCGAGACCCCCUGAACUCUGAUGAGGCCGACUCAAACCACUAUGCGCUGCCGCUGCCCGUCUCGCCUGUCAUUUCCACCGAAACAAUGAAGGUUAUUCGCAUCGACAUUCUACCCACAGGCGCCGACAACACGGUCAAGCCGCUUGGGCCCAUGAAGAUCCACCCAGCCAACGAAUACAUUCCGGAGGCGCAGACACUACGGACAGAUUUGAAGCCGCUGAACGUGGUGCAACCCGAGGGCGCUAGCUUCAGCGUCAACCAGGAGGGAACGUCAACGGUGCUGAAGUGGCAGAAGUGGAGCUUCCGGGUGGGCUUCAACCAGCGCGAGGGCAUGGUGCUUUACGACGUACGGUACGACGGACGCAGUCUUUUCUACCGCGUGUCGCUUUCGGACAUGAACAUUCCAUACGCAGACCCGCGGCACCCAUUCCACAAGAAGGCUGCCUUCGAUCUGGGCGAUGCCGGCGCGGGUAUAAUGGCCAACAACCUUAAGCUGGGUUGCGACUGUCUCGGCAGCAUCUACUACCUGUCUGCGGAACUCUCAGAUGACAAGGGUGGUAUCGUCGAAAUGCCCAACGUCGUCUGCAUUCACGAACAAGACGCGGGCAUUGGCUGGAAGCACACCAACUACCGCACCGGGCGGGCGGCCGUGGUGCGCAACCGUGAGCUCAUUGUCCAGAGCAUAAUCACCGUCUCCAAUUAUGAAUACAUCCUUGCUUUCCAGUUCAAUCAGGCCGGCGAGCUCAGUUACGAGGUUCGCGCCACCGGCAUCCUGUCCACCCAGCCCAUCGACGAGGGCCUCGACGUGCCCUUCGGUACCGUCGUCCAUCCCGGCGUCCUCGCCGUCCACCAUCAACAUAUCUUCUCACUGCGUAUUGACCCCGCCCUCGACGGGCACGCCAACCGCCUGGUCUACACUGAGGCGCACCCCCUCCCGCGCAGCGACUUCAACCCACAUGGCACAGGCUACACGGUUCAGACAACGCCCGUGGCAACAACCGGUGGAUACGAUCUUGACACGCAGCGAAACCGCGUCUUCAAGAUUGAGAAUGCCUCGUCGCGCAACCCGGUCAAUGGCGCUCCUGUUGCGUACAAGAUCGUCGCCCCGCCAUUCCAGCACAUGCUCGCAGACGAGGACUCAUUCCACCGCCGGCGCGCCGAGUUUGCCGACCACGACAUCUAUCUCACAACACACCGCGACAGCGAGUUCUACGCAGGCGGACGCUACACGAACCAGUCGCGGGGAGGGACGGGCGUGCGCAGUUGGGCGGCGCGCAACGAACCGGCGCUCGACAAGGACAUUGUCGUGUAUGUGCAGUUCGGCAUCAACCAUAUCCCGCGGAUCGAAGACUUCCCCGUCAUGCCGGUCGAGACGCUGCGCGUGGCGCUGAAGCCAGUCAACUUCUUCGAUAAGAACCCUGCGCUGGAUGUGCCGCCUAGCGAGCAGGCGUUUAAUAAGAGCACGUCGCUUGGAGUGCAGCAUCACCAGGGAGAGAGCGAGGCGAAGAUCGGUGCGCAAGGCGAGGUGUGUUGUCCGCCGAAGGGCGGGGCGAGCAAGCUGUGAGGAGGCGUGGUUUGGGCUGAGUGGCUGCCUGACAGGUCGUGGUACAAAGUACUAGCUCGAUUCUCUUUCGAGCAGCGACUUGAUCGGCGGUGCGCUUCAGCGUGGCGUUGGAUAUGUGGCGCGGAAGGUCAGCUUAUCGUCCACUCUA